UUUUGCGAAGAUUGAGACAUCUCAGUAUUCUUUUUCUUUUUCUUUUUUCUUGGGUUUUACACUUGUUUCUUGUACUGCUGAAGGAUAUCUUCAAGUAAUAUGUUAAUAGUAAGUUUUCACUCUAAGGAUAAAGGUUUUCUUGAGUGGAAAGUUUAAAGUAUUUUUGGUUUGUUUUUUUGAUGUAACUUAGAGGGGGGGGGGGAUUGAAAAUGAAAUCUUUGAGUAGUGUAGGACUUGGUUUGAGCAUAGUUUUUGGUUGUCUCUUGUUAGCUUUGGUUGCUGAGUUAUAUUACUUGUUAUGGUGGAAGAAGAGACUAACCAGCAGAGAUAUUGAAAAUGAUUACAGUAAUCCAGCUAGGGAGUUGUUUUACAUGUUUUGUUGGAAAAGGUCAUCUCCCAUGACUCACUCGGCUUUGAAUCCUCAAGAAAUAAGAAUGACAGAAGAACAACAAUCUCAUCGGCUUCAUCUGCACUCAAGCAAAGAUUUAUUGUUCAAGCCUUUUGAUGAUCAUGGCAUGGAAAAUGAGCUAAUGGUUCUGCAUGGUCUGUCUGGGCCACCAAGAUUUCUCUUCACAAUUAUUGAAGAAACAAAGGAGGAUUUGGAAUCUGAGGAAGCUAAGUCUAAGAGUGAUAACAAGAGUAGAGUUGGGUCAAGAGGAAGGAGCUUGAGUGAUCUGCUUCUCACUGUUGAAACCCCAUAUUUAACCCCACUAGCUUCUCCACCAUUUUUCACUCCUCCUCUUACUCCAAUGGAUGCGUGUUACAAUCAACAAGGAUUCAACCCUUUGUUUGAAUCUGCAACUGAUGCUGAGUUUAAUAGGAUGAGGUCAUCACCUCCUCCAAAGUUCAAGUUCUUGCAAGAAGCAGAGGAAAAACUUCAUAGGAAAAAACUAAUGGAAGCAGUCGAAAAGAACAAUGGAUUUGGUCAAGAAAAUGGUGACAUGACUCCUUCAAAGUAUCUCGAAGAUGAGGAAGAUGGAUCUUUUAUCACAAUCAUUGUUUGAUAGGAACAAAGAAAGAGGGCUUAAUCAGUCUAAUCACAAUCAUCAACAGCAAUUUCAUUCAAGUGCUACCACUUCCCAGGUACUUCCUCUCAGUUCUUCACCUUCAACAUUCAAGUCACCAGCCAGGACUACUCCCAUCUAACACUAUUUCUUAGAUUUUCACGACCAACCAAAACUAAAAUUGAAAAUUUUUUUUCUUUAAGAAAAAAAAUUAGUAGCUUUUUCAUUGUGCUUUUAGGUUUUGAUUUAUUAUUUCAUUUUUGCUUAAUUUGCUAUGUAAUCUUUUAAUGGAGAGAGACAGCAUUCUCUUCUCCAACAUCAUGAUGUGAGGGUGGUCUAAUGCCGAGUGGGAGGGGACUAUUGGGGUUACUUGUUUUAUUCCAAUCUCUAUUCCUCCACGUCUGUUUGAUAACUGUAAUCAUUCUAUGAGUGAAUUGAUUUACUAAUGUUCUUU